AUGGAGAAUCCCGCAGAGCAUGUUGACAAUACAGAUGAGCAGAAGCUCGAAAUUGCGCAGAUAGAGGGCAUCACUUUUCAGGCUGCCCUGGAAAUCUCGAAGCCCAAUCCAUGGGCCAAGGGCUAUCUGCAUAUGUAUUCUGUUUGUGCGCUGAUUUUUCUAUGUUCGACCAUGAAUGGCUACGACGGCAGCCUGAUGGGCAGCAUCAAUGCCACACCAAAUUACACUCGAUACUAUAACCUGCCUGCGAAAGGAAAUGCAGGGACUGGGAUUGUCUUCUCUAUCUUUAAUGUUGGCCAAAUGGUUGGUGCACUGUUCAGCUGGGUUGCAGAUUGGCAGGGUCGUCGACUUCCUAUCUUUGUGGGAUGCCUCGGUGUAUGCGUUGGGACUGUUGUGACAAGCGUUGCUCCAACUAUACCAACCUUUGUCGGCGGUCGAUUCCUGCUAUCCUUUUUUUCGACCCUGGCGACGAUGAGCAGCCCGUUAUACUUGAUUGAGAUUGCAGCUCCUCAGUACCGUGGCACUAUUGCCGGUCUCUAUAACACACUUUACUACCUGGUAUAUAGCGUCUCUGUCCAAGAUGUCUGCAGAAAGGCUGAUGAUUACCAAGGGAUCUAUAAUCGCGACGGCUGCCGUAUAUGGAGCACAUCGAAACCUCGCCGAUCAUGGAAACAUGGAUUGGAGACUCCCAUUAUGGCUCCAAAUGUUAUGUCCAGCGUGAGGUCUGUCGCUUAUGAGACCAACAGGUUGAUUGGAAAGGGAAGAAUAGCGGAGGCCAGAGCAAUAGUGGCAAGGUUCCAUGCCAAUGGUGACUCUGACCAUCCACUUGUACAACUUGAAAUGAGUGAAAUGGCCAACUCUCUCAGUGAAGAAGGGAUGGUGGGCUGGAGAAACUUUUUCGACUUGCGCGUGCUUGUCAAGUCUAAAGCAAGACGAUACCGUCUCAUGCUCAACAUGACUUUUGCGUGGUUUUCCCAGUUUUCUGGAAACAACGUUGCCUCUUACUAUCUCCCAUACUUGCUGGAGAACGUCGGCAUCACCGAUACGAAUACGAAACUGCUCCUGAAUAUUGUAUAUGCCAUUACGGGAUGGAUACCGGCCAUUGCAGGGGCUCGAUUCCAUGACAUUAUUGGACGAAGAAAAAUGCUACUGGGCGCCACUGCUGGCAUGACUCUCGCCCUGGCGGUAGCUGCUGGAACUGCAGCAGGAUACGUUCAUACGGGCAGUAAAACGGACUCAAACGCGUCCAUUGCCUUCAUCUAUAUUUUCGGGUCGGUGUUUGCUUUUGCCUGGACUUCAAUGCAGCCCAUUUAUCCAGGUGAAGUCCUGUCGAAUGAUAUGCGAGCCAAAGGGAUGGGUGUGUGGCAAAUAACUAGUGGUUGUGCCUCAUUUGUUAACACCUUUGCUGCUCCAGUGGCUCUCAGCAAGAUCGGAUAUUGGUUUUACGUAUUCUUUGUUCUCUGGGAUGUCCUAGAGUUCUGUGUGAUCUAUCUUUUCUUCGUUGAAACUAAAGGUCGUACCCUUGAGGAGUUAGACGAGGUCUUCGAGGCGCCCAAUCCUCGAAAGGCCAGCACAGAUGCCAAAUUAGUCCUCAGAGGCCAAUCCACUUCCGGAAAUAGACAGAACGCAGUACAGCAGCCAACUGUCUAA